AUGAUUUGGUUGCUUGCUUUAUCAUUUUACAUCGUUGCCACAGUUUUCGCUGCUGAUGAAUAUUCCAGAUCUUCUUACUUCAGAACGGUGGAAAACAAACGCUUAGCAACACAAGUGGCCAAAACAUUUCAUUCCCCUAGUGUUUUGUCGUGCAGUCAUGCGUGCCUCAGAAAUACUUGGUGUUCCUCUACAAAUUUCAAGAAAGGGACAGGUGGCACAGGAGUAUGUGAGUUGAUUAAGCAUGAGUCCAACUCAACUAACUAUAACAACAAACUCAUACAUCAACCAGGCAACACAUAUGCAAUAAUUCUUAAGGUGAGUAAAUGCAACAUUUUAUUUGCGCAAUGCCGUGAGAGAAAUUUUUUACUAUUAAACUUUUUUCAGUGGCGUAUCUAACGGAAAGGCAAGUCGAACAGUAAUAUUUAUAAGCAGACAACAAUUUGCUAUACAAUCCAAAUAAAAGCUUAAACUUCCGCACGAGCUAGUGACAUUUAACACGUAAACAGUUUUAACCGUUUCGAUGCUGUGUGUUUAUUACCAGAAAGCAUGAUUAUGAUUCUGAAUGGCUGAGAAAUAAUCACAGUUAAGUUGAAACUCCGGCAAUUUCUCCCCUAGAAGGGUACAAGCAAUCGAGAAAACGAUUUCCCUUCCUGCCAUUUUUCUAAAUUAAAACUUCUUUUACUGAUAGGGUUGUCUGAUGACUGGAUGCCUAAAUGGAGGUUCUUGCUUGUUAGACACGAAAAAGGAAUCGUUUUCAUGUUCGUGCAAACUACCAUGGAGUGGGCAGAGAUGCGAAGAAAAAUUG